AUGGCCAAGAUGAAGAUUACAGUGCAUGCGGCCCCUAUCCUGGCCUGCCUCACCGGCAUCGCGGCCCAGGACUCGUCUACCUCGAACUCAACGUUUCAGAACCCCAUCAUUAGCGGCUUCAACCCCGAUCCCAGCUGCGUCUUUGUGCCCGAGUUCAAUAACACAUUUUUCUGCGCCACGUCAAGCUUCCUCGUCUUCCCAGGUCUCCCCAUCCACGCCAGCCAUGAUCUCGUUCACUGGAAGCAUGUGUCCAAUGGCUUCAGUCGCCCAGACCAACUACCGGGCAUGGCUUUCCUGCCCAAGGCCACGAGCGGCAUCUAUGCACCGACGUUGCGUUUUCACGAGGGCAUCUUCUACCUCAUGACGACCCUGGUGAACCAGCAGCUCCCCCGCGUCAACGACUCCCGCUGGGACAAUUUCCUUGUGACCACCACAGACCCUUACUCCUCGGACGCCUGGUCCGAUCCCGUUCACUUCAGCUUCCCCGGCUUCGAUCCAUCCCCCUUCUGGGAUGACGACGGCAAGACGUACGUGUCCGGCGCCCACACGGCAGCGUACUACCCCGGCAUCAUGCAUGCGCCGCUUGACUUUGAGACGGGCGAAAUUGGCUCCAUCAUCAUGCCCUGGAACGGCACCGGCGGCGCCUCGCCCGAGGCCCCCCACAUCUGGAAGCGCGACGGGUGGUACUACCUCCUCCUCGCCGAGGGGGGCACGCGCGAGAACCACAUGGUCACAAUGGCCCGCUCCCGGCAACUCGAGGGACCGUACGACCCGGCCCCGGGGAACCCCCUCCUCACCGCCGCCAACGACACAAGCUCCUACUUCCAGGCCGUGGGCCACGCGGAUCUCUUCCAGGAUGCCGAGGGGCAGUGGUGGGCAGCCGCGCUGGCGGACGGGGCGUUCCCCGUCUUCACGCCCGUGACGGGCACCGUCUCGGGCUGGCCCCUGCCGCCGGAGAGCGUCCCGGCGCGGGGCGAGGGCCAGCUGAGCGACGCCGACGACGACGUGACGUUCCCGCCGGGGAGCAGCCUGCCCGUUCACUUUGUCCACUGGCGGCUCCCCAAGACGAGACACUACGCCGUUUCGCCUGCGGGCCACUGGAACGCCCUCGCCCUGAGGUCCUCGGUCCUGAACCUGACGGGCUUUGAUGCCGACUUUGCGCUCGGGCGCGGCCAGACUUUCGUCGGUCGAAGGAUGGCGCAUUCGCUGUUCAGGUUUAGCGUUGACGUCGACUGGACGGGUUCCUUGACGAGGGAGGAGAUGGAGGUCGGCGUUUCGGCCAUGCAGGACCAGGCGCAGCACUUUGAUCUCGGCAUCGUCAUGCUCACGUCGAACGGGAGCCGUGGCCUGCGGCCGCACCUGCGUUUUCGGGGCCACUCGGAGACGCCGUAUCGAGGACACACUCAUGUGCCGACCGAGGUGUUUCCCAUCCCGCACGAGUGGGUCGGCAGCAAAGCGAGGCUGCAGAUCGAAGCCGUGAACAGUACGCACUUUGCCUUUUCAGGGGGCGUCGUCGGUGCUGGCGGGGAAAGCGAGCUGCGUGUAUUGGGACACUGUCGGGGGAGGGAUCUGGUACCCUACUACUCUGGCGUCGUGCUCGGCGUGUACGCCACGUCGAAUGGUAAACAUGGAGAGCAGGCUUUUGAAACACACAUCUCGAAUUGGCGAUAUCGAGGCCUACGGCAGCUCAGAAGCGACGCGGACGCCGGCUCGCAGUGA